AUGGAGAGUUUCAGCGCUGAAGAUCUGUCAACCAUAGGCGGCAUAGCGACUGUGUCUCUUCUUCAUUCUUUCAUUCCUACCCAUUGGCUUCCAUUCUCUAUCGUCGGCCGUGCCCAAAAAUGGACCCUUUCUCGUACCCUUUUCGUCACCGCAUUUGGAGCAGUUCUGCAUGUAAUAUCCACUUCGAUUCUAGGUAUAGCAGCCAUAACUAUGGCAAACACAAUCGCUGGUGAAGAAACAGUGCAUAAACUUGCUUCAAUUUUGCUCAUAGUUCUUGGUGGUAGCUAUAUACUGUUGUUUUUGUCUGGUAAGGGUGGACAUAGUCAUUCUCAUAACCAACCCAUGGAGAAAAUGGCCGUAGCUGGCCUUGUCCUUGUUCCGGCGUUGUCUCCUUGUGCAACCACCCUCCCUGUGUUUCUAGCUGUCGGAAAUUCGUCUUCGAUGAUGAUACUUGCCAUCAUAGUGCUGCUAUUCAGCACCAUAGCAGUGAUGACCUCCCUGGUGGCUUUAUCCUUCUACGGUGCUAGCCAACUCAAGUUCCAUUGGGUGGAGCGAUACGACAAAGUUCUUGUGGGUUCAGUUCUAUGCUUGGUAGGGAUCUUAACACUCAUUUUUCACGAUCAUGAUGGAGGCGAAGGCUUGCAUGGACAUCACGUGCACAGGAAAAUCAUUGGUCUUUGACGGCAACAUCCUGCAAGCUUAUGUUUUUGGUUAGAGUAUGGCAUCAUCCAAUUUAAACCAUCAUUGUGCCUCAAGUGGAUUACAAGAAUGUUCUCUUCUUGCUAGCAAGUCUUGUCUAUGUUUAUAGUAUGGCCACUUUGCCGGCAAUGGUAAUCUGAAUUGAAUGAUCUGGAGAUACAAUGAAUUGUUGUUAUUCCUUUUUUACCCUUAUUGUUUUUUGGUCAAGGCCGGGGAAGGGAAUUUGAUCCCGAAGCUUGGCCACUGGUUCUCAAAUUAUCUAUGUUAUCCCUAAGCUAUUGUAUAAAUCAGAUCCAUCUAAAGGGACACGGUUUCUUCUGCCCAUCACU